UGAGUUGUGGUUUUAGAGAAGAAGAAGAAGAAGAAGAAUAAGGAGAAGAAGGAGAAGAAGAGGGUCAAAGAUGGUGCUAUCUGAUGAAGAAAUCGGAAGACUCUACAGAAUAAGGAAAACGGUUAUGCAGAUGCUGAGGGACAGGUGUUACCUCGUAACUGACUUCGAGAUCAACAUGUCCAAACAUGAGUUCAAAUCCAAGUACGGUGAAAACAUGAAGAGGGAAGACCUCGUUAUCAACAAAACCAAGAAAGACAAUUCCAGCGACCAGAUCUACGUCUUCUACCCUGAGGAAGUUAAGGUUGGUGUCAAGACCAUGAAGACUUACACCAACCGCAUGAACUCCGAAAACGUUUUCAGGGCUAUCCUCGUCCUUCAGUCCAAUCUCACUCCCUUUGCCAAGACUUGUGUCAGUGAAAUUUCUUCCAAAUUUCACUUGGAAGUUUUUCAGGAGGCAGAACUUCUGGUCAACAUAAAAGAACAUGUUCUUGUACCGGAACAUCAAAUUCUGACUGAAGCAGAAAAGAAAACUUUGCUUGAGAGAUAUACCGUGAAAGAAACUCAGCUACCUAGAAUCCAGGUGACAGAUCCUGUUUCAAGAUAUUAUGGACUGAAGCGUGGACAAGUUGUCAAGAUAAUUCGGCCAAGUGAGACUGCAGGCAGAUAUGUUACAUACCGAUUUGUUGUAUAAGAAUUUCCAUGAGUUUAAUGGUUAUACUUUUGUAAUAUGUUACCUACUGAUAUUUAUAAGAAGCACGGACAAGGAUAUAUACAGCCCUUCUUUUCUAAUGGGUGAAAUAUUGGUUUACUACCCUUCAAAUGUGUCAUUGUUGAAACUUUGGAAUCAAAAUUAUCUGAUCAUGUUAUAAUA